AUGGCGGCGGCCCCGCCUCCCCCUGGCACGACGGUGCCCGGGGCAGGCCAGCCCCCGCCCCCGCCGCCGCCGGCCGGGGCGCCGCAGAGCGGCAAGCCGCUGACGCCGGCGGAGCUGGAGGCCCAGCUGGUGGAGAAGGCCCGCAAGUGGCACCAGGUCAACUCCAAGCGCUACGGCGACAAGCGCAAGUUCGGGGACCAUGGAGACAUGUCUUCCAAGAAGUACAGGCACGACAAGCGUGUUUAUCUUGGAGCACUCAAAUUUGUGCCCCACGCUGUGUACAAACUGCUGGAGAACAUGCCGAUGCCUUGGGAGCAGGUUCGCCUUGUGAAAAUCUUGUAUCAUAUCACUGGGGCUAUCACUUUCGUAAAUGAAAUCCCAUGGGUUGUUGAACCCAUAUACCUUGCACAGUUAACAAUCUACAGACUUUCUCGUAUCCUUCUAUAA